CAAUCACUUUCUACCACGAGUCUUGCUUACCAAAUGGAUGUACAUUCCACUCUACAGUAAAUUCGCAAUUCACACAGUAUUGGAGCCGAAAUGCGAUUACUUAACUCGUUCAUACUAGUCGCAGUGUUUGGAGUUGCUCCUUUCCUGUUGUCCAAUGGCCACGACUUGAAAGGAUUUGACGACUCAGUUCUAUUCAAUCUUGUGUGGCAUACCAAGGAUGAGCUAGUGCCAAACCCACCAGAUGCUGAGGAAAUAGUGGUCACAUCAGCCAACAAGGAAAAGUACCGCUGUGUGAUCCCAUCCAUUACGGCCAAGGAAAGUACCGGGGACGUUGAGUACAACGGGCCGAGUCCGUUUGAAUUGUUGGAGCCACUGUUCUCAUCGACUGCCUGUUCGUACCGUAUUGAAAGCUACUGGUCGUAUGAAGUUUGCCAUGGCAAUUACAUCAAGCAGUAUCACGAAGAGCGCCACGAAAAAUCGACCAAAGUCCAGGAAUAUUUUCUCGGCCGAUGGGAUAAACAGAAGACGGAAGCAAUGAAGGCACGGCAAAAGAGCGGCGAAUCAGAGAAGGAGCAGAUGAAGUAUAAAAAGAUUGAAGGUUUCAAUCUGCCGUACCUCGAACUGGAGAUGGAUUCCGGCACAAUUUGUGACCUGAACGGGGAACCUCGUGUGACGAAAAUCCUGUACGUAUGCUACAUGUUUGGCAAGAACGAAGUAUAUUCGCUGAAAGAAACCUCCACGUGUAACUACGAGGUAAUCAUCCUGACGGCUGGUUUGUGCACCCAUCCGAAGUACAAACCACAAGACACGGAGGAGAACAAGAUCAACUGCAGUCCCGUUGGAGAUUCACCUCGUAAGCCGAAAGCUUUGUUGCAGAUGGAGGUGGAUAAACUGCGGCAAAAGUAUCAGCAGCUGUCGGUCACUAUUAGCGACGUAUUAGGAUAUGAAAUGCCUGCAAUGAGUGAGGAUGGUUCCAUUCGAGGUGAUCUCAUUCGCAAAGAUGAAGAGUUUUCGUUCGGCUGGAAAGGUUUGGAGAUUGAUCCAGCUGAUGAGGAAGGCGAAACACCUGUCUCUUCGAUGUCCAAGCGUCCAAAGAAAUCCAAGGAAUUAACCUCGCUACUAGAAUUUUUGGAUGGUGCCUAUUGCCUGCCUGGUGGUUCUGGAUGGUGGAAAUUUGAACUGUGCUUCGGUAAGCAUGUACGGCAAUACCACAAGGACACUUCCAUCUACCUGGGAUACUUCAAUGUGGACAAGCAUCGUGAGUGGUUGGAAAAGCACCCAUCUGUACGGUACAAGCUCAAGCUCGAGAAUCAAAUCAGCCACUUUUACACCGGUGGCGAUAUUUGCGACAAAACCAAUCAGCCUCGCCAGGUGGAGGUGAAACUGAAAUGUACCGAGCAUUCGGCCACCAGCUCCGAUGUGAUUGCCCUUUACUUACUGGAACCGCGUCCCUGCGAGUACGUGCUGAAUGUUGAAUCUUCGAAGAUUUGUGAUAUUCUACCGCUGGCAUCGGAAGAUAUGCUGCUGCCGGAAAACAUGCAGCAGCUCGAAGAAGAAACGCUUCUUGUGAUGGACAGUACCAAUAAUGUUAAUAAUUGAAUAAAAGUGUACCAGCUCACCAUCCA